CGCUGCCGCCGCCCCGGGCACCCGCCGCCCCGCGCCGCUGAGCCGCGCCCGCCGCAACCAUGAACUUCCAGGCGGGGCCCGGGCAGAGCCCGCAGCAGCAGAGCCUGGCGGCGCCGGGCGGGCCGGGGCCGGGCUCCUCGGGGCAGCCGCAGGCCGGGCCGCCCCCGCCGCAGUUCGGCCUCUCCAACUCCGCAGCCAUCCGUGCCGAGAUCGGCCGCUUCGAGUCGGUGCAUCCCAACAUCUACGCGAUCUACGACCUGAUCGAGCGGGUGGAGGACCUGGGGCUGCAGAGUCAGAUCCGGGAGCACGUCAUCUCCAUCGAGGACUCAUUUGUGAACAGCCAGGAAUGGACCCUGAGCCGCUCGGUGCCUGAGCUCAAAGUGGGCAUCGUGGGGAACCUGUCGAGCGGCAAGUCGGCCCUGGUGCAUCGCUACCUGACUGGCACAUACGUGCAGGAGGAGUCCCCAGAAGGUGGCCGGUUUAAGAAGGAGAUCGUAGUGGAUGGUCAGAGUUACCUGCUGCUGAUUCGAGAUGAAGGGGGCCCCCCCGAGCUCCAGUUUGCCGCCUGGGUGGACGCUGUGGUGUUUGUCUUCAGCCUGGAGGACGAGAUCAGCUUCCAGACAGUGUAUAACUACUUCCUGCGGCUCUGCAGCUACCGCAGCACGGCCGAGGUGCCCAUGGUCCUGGUGGGGACGCAAGACGCGAUCAGUGCCACAAAUCCCCGUGUCAUCGAUGACUCCCGGGCCCGCAAACUCUCCAACGAUUUGAAGCGCUGCACGUACUAUGAGACCUGUGCCACCUAUGGCCUGAACGUCGAGAGAGUCUUCCAAGAUGUGGCUCAGAAGGUGGUGGCCCUGCGGAAGAAACAGCAGCUCUCCAUAGGGCCCUGCAAGUCCCUGCCCAAUUCACCUAGUCAUUCGUCUGUCUCUGCUGCCUCUAUUCCUUCUGUGCACAUCAACCAGGCCACCAAUGGCAGCGGCGCCUUUAGCGACUACUCCUCCUCUGUGCCCUCCACCCCCAGCAUCAGCCAGCGGGAGCUGCGCAUCGAGACCAUCGCUGCCUCCAAUACCCCCACCCCCAUCCGCAAGCAGUCCAAGCGGCGCUCCAACAUCUUCACGUCUCGAAAGGGCACAGACCCGGAGCGGGAGAAGAAGGUGCCGGAGUGCAAGGCAGACAGUAUCGGCAGUGGGCGAGCCAUUCCCAUUAAGCAGGGCAUUCUCCUGAAGCGCAGCGGCAAGUCCCUCAACAAGGAGUGGAAGAAGAAGUAUGUGACGCUGUGCGAUAAUGGGAUCCUCACCUACCACCCCAGCCUGCACGAUUACAUGCAGAACAUCCAUGGCAAGGAAAUAGAUCUGCUGAGAACGACAGUGAAGGUGCCAGGCAAGCGGCUCCCCAGGGCGACGACGGCGACAGCCCCCAGCGCCAGCCCCAAAACCAACGGGCUUGCCAAGGAGCGGAGCAGCAUGCAGUUCCCAGGAGGCCCAGGUGCCCCUCACUCAACCAGCAGCACCUCCCUGCACUCCGAACGCUCCAUCAACUUGGUGGGCUUCAGCUCGAAGCCGGACGGUGUGCACCAGCGCUCCUACUCUGUCUCCAGUGCAGACCAGUGGAACGAGGCUGUGGUGAUCCCCGGCAGCUGCCCCAACCCCCCUAAUGGCACUGCAGAUGCUCUCAGCUCCAGCCCAAACAUGUCCAACGCUGCGAGCCCGAAGCUGGAGCCGCCUCCAUCUCCUCAUGCAAACAGGAAGAAACACCGCAGGAAAAAGAGCACAGGGACAGCCCGCCCUGACGGCCCCAGCACAGCAGCAGAAGCUGUAGCGAUUGGAACGUUCCAUCCCGAGUGCGAACUCCCUCCAUCCCCUGCCAUUGCUUGUGUCCCUGAUCUCUCCCAUGCUUGGCGCUGGCACGCAGGAGAACAAGACGAGUCGUUCGAGUUCAUCAUCGUGUCGCUGACAGGCCAGACCUGGCUUUUUGAGGCCUCGACGUCCGAGGAGCGGGAGCUGUGGGUCCAGGCCAUCGAGAGCCAGAUCCUGGCCAGCCUCCAGGGCUGCGAGAGCAGCAGGAACAAGGCUCGGCUAGGCAGCCAGAGCGACGCACUGGCCCUGCAGACGGUCCGCACUGCACGUGGGAACAGCUUCUGCGUGGACUGCGACGCGCCCAACCCCGACUGGGCGAGUCUGAACCUGGGCUCGCUGAUGUGCAUUGAGUGCUCUGGGAUCCACCGUAACCUGGGCACCCACCUGUCCCGGGUGCGCUCCCUGGACCUGGACGACUGGCCCGGCGAGCUCAUCCUGGUCAUGACGGCCAUCGGCAAUGCGCUGGCCAACGCUGUCUGGGAAGGGGCGGUGGAGGGCUACCAGAAGCCGGGCCCCGAGAGCAGCAGGGAGGAGAAGGAGCGCUGGAUCCGGGCCAAGUAUGAGCAGAAGCUGUUCCUGGCUGCACUGCCGCACUCGGACGUGCCCCUGGGGCAGCAGCUGCUGCGGGCCGUGGUGGAGGACGACGUGCGCCUGGUGGUGAUGCUGCUGGCCCAUGGCACCAAGGAGGAGGUGAACGAGACAUACGGGGAUGGGGACGGGCGAACGGCGCUGCACCUCUCCAGCGCCAUGGCCAAUGUUGUCUUCACACAGCUACUCAUAUGGUAUGGGGUGGACGUGAAGAGCAGGGACGCCCGUGGCCUAACGCCCCUGGCAUACGCCCGGCAAGCUGGCAGCCAGGAGUGUGUCGACAUCCUCCUGCAGCAUGGAUGCCCGAGCGACAGCUCUGUCAGUACGCUGACCCCCAGCCUGCCCCGCCGCAACGCCAACAACUCCUGCUCGGCGUCCCCGGCUGAGCUGGGCUCCAGCCCCAGCGUCCUCUAGCCAUCCUGCCGGGCCGGCCUCCCGCUCCGAGCUGCGAGACAGUGGGAGGCUCCCGGCUCCGCCAGACACUGCUGUUGGUGCCAAGGAUCUCACAGGAGCAGUGGGGCUGGCAUGGUGCACCCUGUGGCCAACACCCCAGCUGAACUGCUCCACGCACAGAGGUGCCCUUGCAAGAGAAGGGGUUUCCCUGCAUUGCACCCCCAUCCUGUAUGGGGAGGCAGUUCCUAAGCACCCCUCCCCCCCACUCCCCACCUGGUACAGACAGUCCCUGUGUGCUCCCCCUCCCCCCCGGUACAGAGAGACAGUCCUUGUGUGCCACCACCCGGUACAGAGAGACAGUUCCUGGCUCCCCUCUACCUGGUACAGGGACAGUUCCUGUCUGCCCCCAUUCACCCCCGGUACAGAGAGACAGUCCUUGUGUGCCCCCACCCGGUACAGAGAGACAGUUCCUGUCUGCCCCUACUGCCCCCUCGGCUGUUACAGAGACAGUCCCUGUGUGCCCCCGUGCCCACCCCGUCGGUACAUGGAGGCAGUUCCUGUGCAUCCUCCCCUGCCCCCCCAUGGGUGCCAGGCUCGGGGGGCUGCAUGCAUGUUGGCUGGUAUCACUGGAGGACGGAGCCCUGCUCCGUGCUGUGGCCUCGCUGCUUCCUCUGCCUACAACUGCAAAGGGAAUCGCCCUCCUGGGCAUCCGCGGCCCCUCGUUUGCAAGCAGGAGAGGAGAGGGACUGACCCGCUCUGGGACCCUCCUGGCUGUGUCUGUUCCCCUGGAGACUCCCUGGCCUUUCCCAUGGCUCGUGCCCAACUCCUGCUGCCCUGCCAGGGGGCUGGUCUCCGGCUGAGCCUGGGGAGGGGAGAUGGGUUCUCUGGUGGCCUGGCCCGAGCCUGCACCACGUGCUGGGCCCUCAGACUUGGGACACCACUUCUGGGGCGGCUCCGCUAUGCAUGUAUAAAAUGUACAUUGGAAAUAUUUAUAUGGACGCGCUGUAAAUACUGGUUCUUUGCCCUGUGUGUGUGACCUGCAGCCCAGGAGAUAACGGCCAAUAAA